AUGAAAUUUAAUCUUGUCAUACAUAGUUCGACUGUAUUAUUAUUGACUAAAAGUAUAAUAUUACAAAAUACAAGCAAAUCCUAUUGCUUGAAAACAAAACGACGAUUAUAUAAUGAAGCAAUCAACAUUAAUUUGCACAUUUUGAAGAUUGUAUCAACUAGAAAAACAUUCUUGGAAGAAAUCAUGAAAUCAAUGUACAAAUUUGUAUUUGUUUUCAUUAGUACACUAGUUAUAACUACAGUUAUACAGAAUACCUCAGGUGCUGGAUUAUUCGAAGAGGAGACAACAACAACUACAACAACAACAACCACAACAAAAAGUUCAGCUAAUUCUUUGAAUCUCUCCUGCCUUACAAUUCUUUCAACGAUUCUCAUAAUCAUUGGAAUGAUGAACACUCAUAUUUUAAAAUAUUAG